ACCUGUAUAUCCAUUUUCUUUUUUCCCAUCCUUUUUUUUAUUUCUCCUUUUUUAUGUUAUACCUCCUUGAGUAUAUUAUGUUGCGGGUUGGGGCAGGUGCGAGUUGCUGUUCCACAUUAAGAACCAAGGUCGUCGCUCGCCACCGCCACGGAUCUCUUUCGGCCCUUGGUACUAAAGCCACGGACGCGGAGUUUUCGCAAGUUCCUUGCUGAGUGUGAUAUCUCCGUGGGAUCGUUCCCGCGUCGUUCACUUUCCACGUUCGGUGGCAAGGCUACCUCGACCCCCGGCUCCGCCCCCGCCCCCUCGUAGACACUCGGACCCCAACUCGGCAUCCGAGAAAACUGAAAAACACCGAAGGUACUCCGAUAUAAAACACCCUACCUCCAGAUUAGACCUGCGACAGGAGUUACAGAUGCUUAACCCCAACAGCCACGAGUUCGAUGGCUGGCUCGGUGCUAAAUUCGACGAGAAGGAUGAACGUGCUUGCGACAAUCGAUUCAUUUACGAUCACGAUGUUCCCUUGCAGAGGUCGAUAUCACUCGACGGAGGCGUCGAGAUAUUUAACUAUCUACAGAGCUUGGGAUCGGAUUGGUCGGGUAGCAGCGUCGGCUCUGCUUGGACGAUCCAUUCCGAGGAUCGAGACAAACUAACGAUGGAACGGUACAGGAGUUUCGAGGAUAUCCCGGCUUCUCCGAUUAAAGGGAAAAGCAGGCGUGCAUCCUCUGACGUGGAUAAUGCGUUUUUUGGAAGGAAUUUAGCUCUGUCUGUAUUGAGGGACAGUUUUAAAGGUGUGGAAACGAACAACAGUAGUUUCUCGCCGCAGAUAAAGAAAUUACAGAGGUGCUACACUACAUCUGGUUCAUUCGAGGACUUCGGACUUCGAGUUUCAUCUCGGAAUUCAUUCGAGAGUAUGGCACGUGAUGUUCCUCAACUUGUAAGAAGAAUAUCUAGCACUUCUGUUCUGGAUUGUACUAAAGAUGGAUACUCAAAAGAAAGAAGCUCCCAAGUAACUUUUUCGCAUCCCUAUAGUGACAGGCGUUUGGGAUUGAACGAGUAUGAGGAUGAGGAUUACAUUGAAAUGCGUGUUCCUUACUACAGAAGUAUAUCUGUUGCUUCGAGCAGUGAUGGUAAUGGGGCGGGGGGUGUUCGUCGGAGGCGGGUAGGCGUGUUCGAUUCUUCGUUCCCGGGAAUCGUUAGAGAAAGGAAUUUGAGGAUGGAGGUCAUGAAAAAGGAUUUUGAAUCCAAGAGCUGCGACAAUCUACCGGCUCGAAGAGUCUACGGGUCCGGCUCUAGAACAAAAGAUUCGGCUGGUACAAAAAUGUUUAAUGGAACGCAUAAAUGUAAAUACAGUGACCUGAGAAUGUCCGCUAAUGAGAUCUUGGAUUCGAUCGGAGCAAAGGAAACGUGUGUCAAUUUAGAAGCGGCGGAUAAGGUCGUGCCCGCGAUCGUGGUUACAGACGCCGACUGUACCGAUGGCGGUGUUGCCAAAGCAGAGAACAUGAAAUCUUCCACUUCCAAUUUAGUAAGUAGAAACUGUGACUGUCGAAUUUGUACCGAAGCUGAGGACGUAGAAGGUAGAUGUUUCCUGCGUAAAAUGCUAAGUAAAUUAUUUGUUAAGAUGGUACUGUGUAGCGAUUACGGUAGGAAAUUGACGUAUUGGGACGAGAAUAACAACAUGAAUGAAAACGAAAUGUACACUUGUUUCACUAAUAUAUUGAAGUUGAUGCUGGGUUUGUGGUUGCGGCAUUUAGAUCAUAAUUGAUUUAGAAGUUUUAAGAAUUAAUUGCAGUUUCUUUGUCCUUUGAAUUUCCUAAGAUGCGAAUAAAUUUUGCUGGAUAUCAAGCAUUAGAUUUAGCAUUGAGCUCGAUCGUUUGAUGGUCUUUAAUAGCUUUAGAAAUAACUCAGCAUUGUGGGCGUCGAUAACGCGGUCACUUGUAAUUUGGCUAAUAUGGUUAUAGAGAGUGUUGCCAGUUAUUACUAGUUUUAAUGUUGGUAGAUAAAACUAAAGCUUACGUGAACUUUUCGUAGCUUAGUAUUGUGAAAACUCCGGUUCGUGUUUUCGGCUUUAGUGUGUAUUUAAAUUAGUUUUACACUAAUUUUCCUUAAGCUUUUCACAUGUGCUUUUUUGUCUCUUCAAUAGCUAAAGUUUAAAAUACUUCCCAAUUUUCACGUCAAUUUCCUUCUAUAACAAUAUUAUUCGUAAAACUCGAUGCAAUAUCGUGAAUCGGAAGUCAAAGAACAUAAUGUGUUUUAGUCGGAACGACUAAUUAAAUCGAUACGAUCGUUUUACGAUAUAUUUAUGGUAUUGAUACUGUUAUUAUUGUGUCAAGACACGAUAAAUCGUCUCCGACUUUAUAUAUCGUGCUCUUUGAUUUUCUAAUUUCGCCUUUCAUGUGUGACUGAUAUUCGAGGCUGUGUUUGUGUGUGUGUGUAUGUGUGACUUAUAUUUUAUCGUUGUGUAUGUUGUCACAAAUUUUUCUUUGAGCGUUAUCAUUUUAACCGGUGAUUUUAAGAAUACUAUUUAAUUUGUAAGAUGAUGCAGCUGAAAAUGUAUGAUUCGGGUAAUUUGGUGAAUUAUUAUAAUAAUAUAGCGAAACGUGUUGUUAAAGAUACAUCAUAAUUUGUAUUAAAUCGUUUGGAAGAGCGAGUGCCAUUUGUUGUUUCAUCAACUUACAUCGAUUUCGCAAAGAAUACGUCAUAUCUUCAUACGUUUUUUGGGACGAACGAUUUUGAUACUUGAAAUACAUUAUUGUGAAGUAUUUUUGGCCUAAACAGUAUUCACGUUAUUUAUUUUAAAUGCAUUGACGUUUUUUUAUCUAUAUUGUAUUAAGCUUUAUUUUAAGAAUUAAAAUAUAUUUUGAGUUACCAAAAAAAUAGCCUACAACAAUUAACGUAUGUUCAUUUAAAAAAAAGCACAUUGACAAUAAAAUUUUGAAGACAGAAAAAAGAUUUAAAAAAAAAGAUUAGAGAAGAUUAAAUAUAAAUAAAUAGUCUUGGAGAUUUUUCAGGUUUAGCCUUACAAUAGUAGUUUCUCCAGACGUAGCUUAGCUAUCAAUAUCAUUCAAAUCAAAUUUGUUUAGUUUUCAGCAAAGAAUGAAAUCAAUACAAGAUGUAUUGUUUUAAGGAUUUCGACAGACCAAUUUAAUGCUUCCAUAAAUAGGUAUACAUAUGCGCUGUAAUUAUUGGCUUGCGCGGUAUUGGUGGCUAAGCUACGAUUAUUUAUUGAAUAAGAAUA